CCUUUAGACCAUAGUUUCCAUGCUGUCUUUUCAGAUCGGAACGAUUGUGCAAAGCAGCAUGGGAUUUCCCAGGCAGGGUACUUACAACACCCCCAUCGCCCUGGUUGUGACGCCUGUUCCCAUGGUUACACUUUCACGCUCAGGAAUGUUGCAGAACUCGAGUUUCAUCGUUUUUUUCCCCCUCAACGAUUCCAGAGCAGGGUGUGGCGUAUUUCUCUCUCAGCAGGCAGACAGAAGUCUGUGUGUUUUAGAGAGGAGUAUCAAUAACAAUCUUUGAGCCUCGGGACCAUUUUGUUGCUGUUGGAAAAACUAACAAAACUGCAACCCCAGGCAGAAGCGGUGAGAUGAAUGAAGCCCAGCAUGGAGUGCUGAGUAAAAGAGUGAAAUUAAUUCCAGAAGAAGAGAUCAGUGUCUUCAGGAAUCAGCAGUGAGUCCAUGAGCUGUGUGUCCAUACACUAAUAUUCAAAAAUGGAGAGCUGUGAUCUGGACACAGAUAAUGUGACCCCACCCUCAGAAAAGCGUGAACUCCAAAGAAAGAGAUCAGACUCACCAGAACCCAGCUGUGUCUCCAUGAAGAGUGAUGCGUCUAUGAUUCCUCCUUUGAACUUUAAAAAUGGAAACCCCUCACCUGUACACAGUGAACUCCAGAUAAAGAGAUCAGACUCACCAGAACCCAGCUGUGUCUCCAUGAAGAGUGAUGGAUCUAUGAUCAUUCCUUUGAACUUUAAAAGUGGAAACCCCUCACCUAUACACAGUGUUUUACAGAAGGCAGGAGACAGAAGAGAAAAGACCUUCAUCACAGAUACAGGGCACGACCCAGAAUCUCCUGCUGUAAAUGAAGUCCAGAAAAAGUUCAGAUUAAAUCUGAAGGAGAAGUUUCAAUGUUUAAAUGGAGUGAUGAUAAAGCAGGAAAACCGAGCGCUUCUGAAUGAAAUCUACACAGAGCUGUACAUCACAGAGGGAGACAGUGGAGACGUCAAUAAAGAACAUGAGGUGAGACGGAUCUCGGCAGCGUCCAGGAGAAAAACAACAGAGGAAACGCCAAUCAAAUGCAAUGACAUCUUUAAGCCCUUAUCUGAAGAAGACGAACCCAUCAGAACUGUAGUGACAAAGGGAGUGGCUGGUAUCGGAAAAACAGUCUCUGUGCAGAAGUUCAUUGUGGACUGGGCUGAAGGGAAAGCAAAUCAGGAUGUCCCCCUCAUAUUUCCACUUCCUUUCAGAGAGCUGAAUCUGAUGAAGGACCAAAAACUGAGUCUGAUGGAGCUCCUUCAUGUCUGUUUUAAAGAAACAGAAAUGUCCAGGUUGGAAAAGGUUCUGUUCAUUUUUGAUGGAUUGGACGAGUGUUGGUUCCCUCUGGAUUUCCAGAACACAGUGAGAGUGUGUGAUGAAACUGAAUCAGCAUCAGUGCAUGUGCUGCUGAUAAACCUGAUCAAAGGGAAUCUGCUUCCCUCUGCUCUCAUCUGGAUCACCUCCCGACCAGCAGCAGCUGAUCAAAUCCCCUCUGAGUACGUCCAUCGUGUCACAGAGGUACGAGGGUUCAAUGACCCACAGAAGGAGGAGUACUUCAGGAAGAGGGUCAGUGAUCAGAGCCUGGCCGAGAACAUCAUCACACACCUGAAGUCAUUAAGAAGCCUCUACAUCAUGUGCCACAUCCCAGUCUUCUGCUGGAUUUCAGCCGCUGUUCUCGAGAGAAUGUUGGGUGAAGCAGAGAGUGGAGAGAUCCCCAAGACUCUGACUCAAAUGUACACACACUUCCUCAUCAUUCAGACAAACAUCAUCAGAGGAAAGUACUCAAAGAAGCAGGAGAGUGAUGAAGAAAUACUUCUCAAACUGGGAAAACUAGCUUUUCAGCAGCUGGAGAAAGGCAACCUGAUCUUCUAUGAGGAAGACCUGAGAGAGUGUGGCAUUGAUGUGCCAGAAGCAGCAGUGUACUCAGGUGUGUGUACGCAGAUCUUCAGAGAGGAGGUUGGGCUUCACCAGAGUAAAGUGUACUGCUUUGUUCAUCUGAGCAUUCAGGAGCAUCUCGCAGCUCUGUAUGUGCAUCUGACCUUGAUGAAGGAAAAGAGAAAUGUUAUUGAUCAGAGUCGGCCCUUUAAGAUAAUUUCAGAUGUACACAAGAGUGCUGUAGAUCAGACCUUAUCCAGUCAGACUGGACAUCUGGAUCUGUUCCUCCGCUUUCUUCUGGGUCUCUCACUGGAGUCCAAUCAGAAACUCUUACAUGCCUUAGUAACACAGACAGGAAGUAGCUCCCAGAGCAAAAAGGAAAUAGUUUGGUACAUUAAGGAGAAGAUCAGUGAAGAUCUUCCUGCAGAAAAAUCCAUCAAUCUGUUCCACUGUCUGAAUGAACUGGGUGAUGAUUCUCUAGUGGAGGAAAUCCAACGCUACCUGAAAUCUGGAAAACGAAGUGAACUCUCUCCUUCACAGUGGUCUGCUCUGGUAUUUGUGUUAUUGACUUCAGCACAGGAGCUGGAGGAGUUUGACCUGAGUAAAUAUACCAGUGCAGAGAAGAUAACAGAUUGGGUUCUUGUGAAGGUGAUGCCUGUGAUUGCAGCAUCCAGAAAAGCAAUUAUCAGUUGUGAUAGAAUUAAAGGGAGAAGCGCUGAAGCUCUGGUCUCAGUGCUCAACUCAGAAACCUCCAGUCUGAGAGAACUGCAUCUGACUGUGAAGACACUGGAUCUGUCUGGGAAUAAACUAGAAGACUCAGGAGUGAAGUGUCUCUGUGCUGUACUGGAGAAUCCUCACUGUAAAGUGGAGACACUGAGGUUGUGUGGUUGUGGUGUCUCAGAUGAAGGCUGUGCUGCUCUGAGUUCAGCUCUGAGAUCAAACCCCUCACACCUGAGAGAACUGAAUCUGUCCUCUAAUAAUCUGGGAGACUCAGGAGUGAAGCGUCUCUGUGCUGGACUGGAGAAUCCUCACUGUAAACUGGAGACACUGGGGUUGUGUGGUUGUGGUGUCUCAGAUGAAGGCUGUGCUGCUCUGAGUUCAGCUCUGAGAUCAAACCCCUCACACCUGAGAGAACUGGAUCUGAAAAAUAAUAAUCUGGGAGACUCAGGAGUGAAGCAUCUCUGUGCUGGACUGGAGAAUCCUCACUGUAAACUGGAGACACUGGGGUUGUAUGAUUGUGGUGUCUCAGAUGAAGGCUGUGCUGCUCUGAGUUCAGCUCUGAGAUCAAACCCCUCACACCUGAGAGAACUGACUCUGUCUCAGAAUAAUCUGGAAGACUCAGGAGUGAAGCGUCUCUGUGCUGUACUGGAGAAUCCUCACUGUAAACUGGAGAUACUGGGGUUGUGGCAGUGUGGUGUCUCAGAUGAAGGCUGUGCUGCUCUGAGUUCAGCUCUGAGAUCAAACCCCUCACACCUGAGAGAACUGAAUCUCUAUGGGAAUAAAAUAGGAGACUCAGGAAAGAAGCUGCUCUCUGCUCUUAACAAUGAUAAACAUUACAAACUACAGACACUCCUGUAAGUGAUAACCUUUUAAGGUUUUGAUGAACAUCUGUGUGUGUGAUGAAGACUCUGGUGACUACUGCAAAAAGAAAAUGUUUCUCAUGAAGCAGAGAUGCUUUGGUGGGCUUUACUUCACUUGCAGAAACACAUCAUGCGUUGUGCUUUAGGGAUCAUAUAACUCUUUAGUGAGGAAAUGUAAGAAAAAAAAAAGGCACUGGUGUUGGGGUAAAAUAAUCUUCAACAGGGUGGUGUGAAGCAGAGAGUUACUGCUAUACCCUGAUUGCUGAGUAUUUUCUUACAACAGCACAUCCCAAAGUGUUUAAAAAAAAAAAUCCUUAUCACAAUUUAUUUACAAUUGUGUUACAGAAUGACAAUUUAACCACUUACAUUUACUACUUUUGAAAUGUGAAGUUAUGUGAUGUAAUUGAGAGUUACUGUAUUGUUUGCUGUAUUUCUGUAAUAUAAAUAUACUUCUCUUAAUCAUCCUGCAGAUCUUUAAUAAAACUUCACUGCUUGCUGUGAAA